CAACAUCUUCUUCAUCCAUUCAUCAGUCACUAGACACCUGGGCUGUUUCCAUUUUUGGCUAUUGUGGAUAAUGCUGCUAUAAACAUCAGGGUGCAUGUAUCCCUUUGAAUUAGUAUUUUUGUAUCCUUUGGGUAAAUACCCAGUAGUGCAAUUGCUGGAUGGUAGGGUAGUUCUGUUUUUUAACCUUUUGAGGAACCUCCAUGCUGUUUUCUAGAGUUGGCUCCACCAGUUUGCAUUCCCUCCUACACUGAAAGAGUGUUCCUCUUUCUUCCCAUCCUGGCCAACACCUGUUGUUUCUUGUGUUGCUGAUUUUAGCCAUUCUGAUGGGUGUGAGGUGAUAUUUCAUUGUAGUUUUGCUUUGUAUUUCCUUGAUGAUGAGUGCUGUUGAGUGAGUAUUUGUCAUGUGUCUCUUGGCCAUCUGUGUGUCUUCUUUGAAAAAUGUCUAUUCAUGUCAUCUGCCAAUUUUUAAGUGGAUUUUUCAUUUUUGGGGUGUUGAGUUCUAUAAUACUUAAUAUAUUUUGGAUACCAACCCUUUAUCACGUGUCAUUUGCAAAUAUCUUCUCCCAUUCUGUAGGUUGCCUUUUAGUUUUGUUGAUUGAAUCCUUCACUAUUUAGGAGCUUUUUAUCUUGAUGAAAUCCCAAUAGUUUUUGCUUUUGUUUCUCUUGCCUCAGGAGAUAUAUCUAGAAAGAAAUUGCUAUGCCCACGCCAAAGAUGUUACUGCUUGUAUUCUCUAGGAUUUUUAUGGUGUCAAGUCUCACAUUUAGGUCUGUAAUCCACUUUGAAUCUAUUUUUGUGUAAGAAAAUGGUCCAGUUUCAUUCUUUUGCAGGUUGCUAUCCAGUUUUUCCAGUACCCUUUGUUGAAGAGACUGUCUUUUUCCCAUUGAAUAUUCUUUCCUGCUUCGUUGAAGAUUAAUUGAUCAUAUAAUUGUGGGUUCAUUUCUGGGUUUUCUGUUGUGUUCUGUUGGUCUCCAUGUCUGUUUUUGUGCCGAUACCAUACUGUCUUGAUCACUACAGCUUUGUAAUAUAACUCAAAGUCCGGAAUUGUGAUGCCUCCAGCUUUGUUUUUCAAGCUUGCUUUGGCUAUUCAGGGUCUAUUUUGGUUCCGUACAAAUUAUAGGAUUGUUUUUCUAGCUGUGUGAAGAACGCCGCUGAUAUCUUGAUAGGGACUGCAUUAAAUGUGUAGAUUGCUUUGGGCAGUAUUGACAUUUUAACAAUAUUUGUUCUUCCAAUCCAUGAGUAGGGAUUAUCUUCACAUUUUUGUCAUCUUCAAUUUCUUUCAUCAGUGUUUUACAGAUUUCAGAGUCCACGUCUUUCUCCUCUUUGGUUAGGUUUAUUCCUAGGUAUCUUAUUGGUUUUGGUGAAGUUGUAAGUGGGAUUGAUUACUUAAUUUCUUUCUGCUGCUUCAUUAUUGGUAUAUAGAAAUGCAACAGAUUUCUGUAUGUUGAUUUUGUAUUCUGCGACUUCACUGAAUUCAUUUAUCAGUUCUAGGAAUUUUUUGGUGGAGUCUGUUGGGUUUUCUAUAUAGAGUAUCAUGUCAUCUGCAAAUAAUGAAAAUUUUAUUUCUUCCUUGCCGAUUUGGAUGCCUUUUAUUUCCUUUUGUUUUCUGAUUGCUGUGGUUGGGGCUUCCAGUACUAUAUUAAGUAAUAGUGGUAAGAGUGGACAUCCUUGUCUUGUUCUUCACCAUAGAGGAAAAGCUUUCAGUUUUUCCUCAUUAAGGAUGAUAUUAUCUGUGGGUUUUUCAGUUGAGGUAUGUCCCCGCUAAACCUACUUUGCUGAGGGUCUUUAUCAUGAAUGGAUGUUGUACUUUGUCAGAUGCUUUUUCUGCAUCUAAUGAAAAGACCAUAUGGUUCUUAUUUUUUCUUUUAUUAAUGUGGUGUAUCAUGUUGAUUGAUUUGUAAAAAUUGAACCACUCUUUCAACCCAGAAAUAAAUCUUACUUGAUCAUGGUGAAUGAUUUUUUAAUGUAUUGUUGGAUUUGGUUUGCUAGUAUCUUAUUGAGAAUUUUUGCAUCCAUGUUCAUUGAGAAUAUUGGCCUGUUGUUCUCUUCUUUAGUGGAGUCUUUAUCUGGUUUUGGCAUCAGGGUAAUGCUGGCCUCAUAGAAUAAGUUUGGAAAUUUUCCUUCCUAUUCUAUUUUUUGGAAUAGUUUGGGAAGAAUAGGUAUUAACUCUUCUUUAAAUGUUUGGUAGAAUUUGCCUUGAAGCCAUCUGGCCCUGGACUUUUGUUUGUUGGGAGUUUUUUGAUUACUGAUUCAAUUUCUCUUUUUUUUUUAAAGAUUAUUUAUUUAUUUAUUUGAGACAGAGAGAAUGAGAGACAGAGAGCAUGAGAGGGAAGAGGGUCAGAGGGAGAAGCAGGCUCCCUGCCGAGCAGGGAGCCCGAUGCGGGACUCGAUCCCGGGACUCCAGGAUCAUGACCUGAGCCGAAGGCAGUCGCUUAACCAACUGAGCCACCCAGGCGCCCCUUUUUUUAAAGAUUUUAUUUAUUUAUUUGAGAGAGAGAGACUGAGAGAGAGAGAGCAUGAAAGGGGGGAGGGUCGGAGGGAGAAGCAGACUCCCCGCCGAGCAGGGAGCCCGAUGCGGGACUCGAUCCAGGGACUCCAGGAUCAUGACCUGAGCCGAAGGCAGUCGCUUAACCAACUGAGCCACCCAGGCACCCACUGAUUCAAUUUCUUUACUGGUUAUUGGUCUGUUCAAGUUUUCUAGUUCUUCCUGUUUCAGUUUUGGUAGUUUAUAUGUUUCUAGGAAUUUAUCCAUCUCUUCCAGGUUGUCCAAUUUGUUGGCAUAUAGUUUUUCAUGAUAUUCUCUUAUAAUUGUUUGUACUUCUGUGGUGUUGGUUAUUUCUCCUCUCUCAUUUGUGAUUUUUUUCAUUUGGGUCUUUUCUCUCUUCUUUUUGCUAAGUCUGGCUAGAAGUUUAUCAAUUUUAUUAAUUUUUUCAAAGAACCAACUUCUGGUUUCAUUGAUCUGUCCUAUUACUUUUUUAGUUUCUCUAUCCAUUUAUUUCUGUUCUAAUGUUUGUUAUUUCCCUGUUUCUGCUGGCUUUGGGAUUCAUUUGUUGUUCUCUUCUAGCUCUUUUAGGUGUAAGGUUAGGCUAUUUGUUUGAGAUUUUUCUUGAUUCUUGAGGUGGCCUGUAUUACUAUAUACUUCCUUCUUAAGACUGCUUUUACUGCAUCCCAAAGGUUUUGGACCAUCGUGUUUUAAUUUUCACUUGUUUCCAUGUACUUUUUAAAAUCUCUUCUUUGAUUUCCUGGUUGACCCAUUCAUUGUUUAGUAACAUACUGUUUGACCUCCAUGUAUUUGUGGUCUUUCCAAAUGUUUUCUUAUGGUUGACUUGUAGUUUAAUAGCAUUGUGGUUAGAAACGUUGCAUGGUAUGAUUUCAAUCUUCUUGUAUUUGUUGAGGACUGAUUUUUGACCCAGUUUGUGAUCUAUUCUAGAGAAUGUCAAGCCCCACAUCAGGCUCCAUGCUCAGUGUGGAGUUUGCUUGAGAUUCUCUUUCUCCCUAAAUCAAUCAAUCAAUCAAUCAAUCAAUCAAUCAAUCUGUUUUUAAAAUAGAGAAGUUUUCUCUGAGAGAAUACUGAACAUGAUGGGCAUUCUGGGAACAGACCAACUUAAGUAAAUGAGUACACAGAAAAUCCCAAUGUGGCUAGACACAGAAUAGUCUGCUUUGGUCAAAACAUAUGGUUCUUACAAGAAAGAGUAUGAGAUAAGACAGGAAAAGUAAUAUGAGAAAAAGCUCUUGGGUAAGUUAGAGUACUUGACUAAGAAAUUUUGACUCACCUCUAAAGUCAUCUGAAAACUAAAAGUGUGAAACAACAGGAAUAAAAGGUGUGUUUCAGGAAGAUGACUGUCAGGAUUUAGUGAAGGAUAAAUGGGGUUGUGGCAAGAUAACACAAUAAGAAGCUAUUGAAAUAAUCCAGGAUAGCAGCAAUAUUUAAAACUCAUUUAGGCACAGUCAGGAGGCAGAAGCACAGUGGAAGGCCAGAAGAUUGUGGAGCCUCAUGUUGGGCUCCGUUUGGUGGCCUCUAAGUGGUGCCCCCUUUGAGAAUGCCAUCCCAAAGCAAGGAAAUCCCAGGUGCACUUGUGGCCUUGGUGAUUAGUGCCAACUCACUGCCACUGAACAUAGUUGGAACAGAAAAUUGGAACAGGGUAGCAAACCCUUCAGAACUAGGUUUUCAAAACAAAAACAGAAUUGCAAUCUUGGCAGAACUGGGCAAUGAGGAAAGAAAAUUACUAGUGUAACCAAUCUUCAACCAAAUCAUCCUGGAGCUAGGGAUGCACUCUGGAGACCCUUUCUUAAAAAGGACUUUCAGAGGCACCUGGGUGGCUCAGUCAGUUAAGUGUCUGACUCUUCAUUUCAGCUGACGUCAUGAUCUCAGGGUCAUGAGAUGGAGCCCAGUGUGGAGCCUGCUUAAGAUUUCCUCUCUCCCUCUGUCCUUCUCCCACCCAUGCUCUUGCAUGCACAUGCUCACAUGCUCUCUCUGAAAAAAAAAAAAAAAAAGACUUCCAGGUCAUGCUGAGCAGCAGAAUAUUACAGCCCAACAAAAGGUAGCUUUGCAGCAUGCAUGUGCACAUUCAUCUGGCUGUUUCAUAACUCUAGACUCUGCAUUUGGGAAUCAUAUUCUUCCUAUUUUACUUCAUCUUGACCUAGAAUGAAGGAAAUAUUUGUAAUGAAAGUGACUGUAAUAUCAAAUGCCAAAACUACUAUCAUUCAGAAUGAUAUUGUCAUUCAGAAUUGAAUUCAGUGACUUCCAGAGUUUUGGUGAAUAUUUAUAUUCUUUGCUUAUUUAAAAGAAAGGUAUGUGUAAGUCAAAACAGAAAAGGAGGGUCACCAGGAUUUGUGAGCUUUGGAAGCUGUAUUAUCUGAGUGACUUACUAUGUUACCCAUGUGUAACUUUUUUGUAAUGUAGUUUGAUUUUUUAACUCUAAAUCAGGCUCUGAUUUGGAUGGUCACAUAAUUCACCCCUGCAGCCCCCAACUAGUUGGACUAAUAUGUCCACAAUAGAUUUUCAAGAACCACUUUAGUACUUAAGUUUAAACAAAUGAGGAUGCUUUAAAAAAUGUGAACCAGUAAGCUUAAAUAAGUUAUAUUCAUAUUUACUGUUUGUAGAAUUGAUAUUAAUGUACCUUUUGAGUUUAUAGUCAACAUGCCAUCCUGAAAUACUGUUUAACUCAUAACUAGCUCCCUUAUUCCCCAUUUUAAAAGGAAAUCUAAGUUAAGACUAAGACUACCAAUCAGUCUUUAUAAAAAUGUUUAUAAAGCUAUGCCACUAUACAUUAUAUGACUAAAUGGUAUUAAAGACAAUUAUGAGAAAUGUGGUUUUAAAAUUUGUACCUGCUCUUAUUUAGUGUUACUACAUAAAUGGUAUGCCUAUGUGGUUUUAUUGUCCAUUUUUGUGCUAAUUAAAAACAUGCAAGUUGGAAAAAACUCAUUUAGGCAGAUAUCAAAAUUGGAAAGCAAUACAGGUGUAAUUAUCUAAUUUGCACUUGGAAACAAAGGAAUGAGACAUUCAAGAAAAUUUAUUCUGUGAAGUAAAGUAAAAAAGGAUAAAACCACCCCAAGCUUGAUUAAAGGACUGCUCUAAGUAUGACAAAUGAGUACCAAUAUUUUUCUAAUGAAAUAAAUUUAUGUUAUGAAAUAAAUAAUCUAAAUUAAAUUGGAGGUUGUAAAAACAGGUACAUACUCAUAAAAUGUGGAGCUUAGAAAGGAUGGAAAGAAUAAAGAGAUAAGAACCAUGAACUUUUGGAACAGAGUUUAUAAAUUCUGAUGAAAAGAGAAAUUCAGAUACUUCUUCCAUGCAAAAUUCACUUAAUACAAAUUAUUCCUCUUCAAAGAUCCCCUAAACCAUCUAUUAUUGUGUUUUCUCAGGAGAACUAUAUGAAUUAGUUGCUUUUAUCCCGUUUCCUAAAAACAAACACCCCUUCUAAAUUUUUCUUCCAUUAGUAACUACUUGAGACCAAGAGUUUUCUUAACAGAAAUCUAAGAAAAUGGAGUUACCUGAACUCUGAACAAAAUAUUUGAAAACUUAGUGUUCCGCUGUGUGAUUCGCUUUAUUGUCAGAUUUUUGUUUUUAUUUAAAACUGAGAAAAUGUGUUUUCAAGGCAUAAGGAGACUACAGUUAUGGUUACACUAAAUAUUUAGAAGUUAAGUCUCUUAAUACGAGAAGUGUUGUCCUGUGCUUUAACAAAACUGAAGGAGAAAAAAAUCAGGGUUUAAAAUAAAACUUCAUAUUUAUUAAUAACAAGUUGAUAUUUGUAGCUCAUACUUACUGUUUGGCCACAUGAUGUCGCUCUUUACCGCGAAAUUUUCUCAUUCAAGACACAAUUAAGUCAUCCGUUUUCAUAUUGGAAAGACUUCACUCUGUUUCUCUAAGCGGAUGUUGAACAAUGGCGAGCACUUCAUGAUAGUAAGAAGAGAUAAGAGGAUUCCUCCAAAUUUUGAGACAAGUUACUAUUUGAAUUAAAAAAAAAAAAACAAUUAAUUUGAAAUGGUGGACUCGAAUCGAGGCGACCGGGGGCACUGGCAUCUACUGCUGUUUUUCAAAAUCCUCAUAGCCUGGGAGAGCGCGAGCGGCCAGGUCCACUACUCGGUCCCGGAGGAGGCCAAACACGGCACCUUCGUGGGCCACAUCGCCCAGGACUUGGGGCUGGAGCUGGCGGAGCUGGUGCCGCGCCUUUUCCGAGUGGCGUCCAAAGGCCACGGGGACCUUCUGGAGGUAAAUCUGCAGAAUGGCAUUUUGUUUGUGAAUUCUCGGAUCGACCGGGAGGAGCUGUGCGGGCGGAGCGCGGAGUGCAGCAUCCACCUGGAGGUGAUCGUGGACAGGCCGCUGCAGGUUUUCCAUGUGGAAGUAGAGGUGAAGGACAUUAACGACAAUCCUCCUGUAUUCCCCGAGACACAAAAGAAUCUGUUUAUUGCAGAAUCCAGGAUGCUUGACUCUCGGUUUCCACUAGAGGACGCUUCUGAUGCAGAUAUCGAGGAGAACGCUCUGUUGACUUACAGACUGAGCCCCAACGAGUUUUUCUCUCUGGACGUACCAACAAAUGACGAACAGGUAAAACCUCUUGGACUUGUAUUACGGAAAUCUUUAGACAGGGAACAGUCUCCAGAACUUCAUUUAGUGCUCACAGCCACUGAUAGAGGCAAACCUGAGCUGACUGGCACCGUUCAGUUACUCAUCAAAGUGCUGGACGUCAAUGACAACGCCCCAGCUUUCGACAGAACACUCUAUGCCGUGAAAUUACCAGAAAAUGUUCCUAAUGGAACUUUGGUAAUUAAACUUAACGCCUCAGAUUUGGAUGAAGGCUCGAAUGCGGAUAUUAUUUACUCGUUCUCUAGUGGUGUUUCCCCAGAUAUAAAAUCUAAGUUCUACAUAGAUGCCAUAAGUGGAGAAAUUAUAGCAAUAGGACAUAUCGAUUUUGAAGAAAGCAAAACCUACAAACUUCGAGUAGAAGCGAUCGAUAAAGGCUACCUACCACUAGCUGGUCACUGUACAGUUCAUGUGCAAGUUUUGGACGCUAAUGAUAAUGCUCCAGAGUUGACUGUUACUUCCCUGUCUCUCCCUAUCUCAGAGAAUGCUCAACCGGGCACAGUCAUCACCUUGAUUAAGGUGUUUGACCGAGAUUCUGGAGCUAAUGGGGAGGUGACCUGCUCACUAACACCUCAUGUCCCCUUCAAGCUGGUGUCCACCUUCAAGAAUUACUAUUCGCUGGUGCUGGACAGCGCCCUGGACCGAGAGAGCGUGGCGAACUAUGCUCUGGUGGUGACCGCACGCGACGCAGGCUCGCCUUCGCUCUCCGCCACGGCCAGCGUGUCCGUGGAAGUGGCGGACGUGAACGACAACGCGCCGGCAUUCGCGCAGCCCGAGUACACGGUGUUCGUGAAGGAGAACAACCCGCCCGGCUGCCACAUCUUCACGGUGUCUGCGCGGGACGCCGACGCGCAGGAGAACGCGCUGGUGUCCUACUCGCUGGUGGAGCGGCGCGUGGGCGAGCGAGCGCUGUCGAGCUACGUGUCGGUGCACGCGGAGAGCGGCAAGGUGUACGCGCUGCAGCCGCUGGACCACGAGGAGCUGGAGCUGCUGCAGUUCCAAGUGAGCGCGCGCGACGCGGGCGUGCCUCCCCUGGGCAGCAACGUGACGCUGCAGGUGUUCGUGCUGGACGAGAACGACAACGCGCCCGCGCUGCUGCCGCGGCCGGGGGCGGGCGGCGGCGCUGUGAGCGAGCUGGUGUCGCGGUCGGUGGGCGCGGGCCACGUGGUGGCGAAGGUGCGCGCGGUGGACGCCGACUCUGGCUACAACGCGUGGCUGUCGUACGAGCUGCGGCCGGCGGCGGGUGGCGCGCGCAGCCCGUUCCGCGUGGCGCUGUACACGGGCGAGAUCAGCACGACGCGCACCCUGGACGAGGCGGACUCGCCGCGCCAGCGCCUGCUGGUGCUGGUGAAGGACCACGGCGAGCCGGCGCUCACGGCCACGGCCACUGUGUUGCUGUCGCUGGUGGAGAGCGGCCAGGCGCCCAAGGCGUCGUCGCGGGUGCUGGCGGGCGCCGCUGGCGCCGAGACGGCGCUGCUGGAUGUCAACGUGUACCUGAUCAUCGCCAUCUGCGCGGUGUCCAGCCUGUUGGUGCUCACGCUGCUGCUGUACACGGCGCUGCGCUGCUCGGCGCCGCCCGCGGAGGGCGCGUGCGCGCCUGGGAAGCCCACGCUGGUGUGCUCCAGCGCGGUGGGGAGCUGGUCGUACUCGCAGCAGAGGCGGCAGAGGGUGUGCUCCGGGGAGGGCCCGCCCCCGGCCCCGCCCCCGCCCAAGACCGACCUCAUGGCCUUCAGCCCCAGCCUUCCUCCGUGUCCUGGAUCUCUAAAUGCGACGGAAGAUCCACAAGCUUCUUUGGAGUCCUCUGGAAAGCCUGGAAGGCGGGGAGGGGCCAGGUCCAUUAUUCUGUGCCGGAGGAGGCCAAACACGGCACCUUCGUGGGCCGCAUCGCCCAGGAUUUGGGGCUGGAGCUGGCGGAGCUGGUGCCACGCCUGUUCCGGGUGGCGUCCAAAGGCCACGGGGAUCUUCUGGAGGUAAAUCUGCAGAAUGGCAUUUUGUUUGUGAAUUCUCGGAUCGACCGGGAGGAGCUGUGUGGGCGGAGCGCGGAGUGCAGCAUCCACCUGGAGGUGAUCGUGGACAGGCCGCUUCAGGUUUUCCAUGUGGAGGUGGAG